AUGCCUCGACCUGCAACACGCCCAGGGAAUGUUAACAAACAUCCUGGACAGAUAGUUCUUGAAGUGAGUUGCGUAGCACGCCCAAAGGAUGUAAUUGCAGCUGAAAAGAAAAAGGCGUCAGCAGAGAAAUUAGCCAAGGCAACCGCCUUGGAAAAUGCUCAAAAGAAGGUCGCUGCAACAGAAGAUGCUAUGACUGUCGAGCAGAUGGCUCAAUGUGCUGGCCCAGGACACCUUGUCAGACCAAAGCCUAAGCCGUGCCCAGUGACCAAGGCAGCACCAACUGUAAACCCUGACAAGACGUGCAAAAACGGUGUAGCGCGCGCGCGUAUACAUCGUAAAGCACGGGAAGUCGUGCGCGCGUGCUGCGCAUUGCGUGGGAAAGCUGCGCCUCAUAAGGGAAUAGCUGUGGAUAGCACACAGAGUGAUGCUACAAUCUCUACAACGGUGUCCCAAAGCACUGAUGCCCCGAAGAAGAAAUAUCCAGGCUUGAAACUCACCUUCAAGGAUGGUGUCAACGCCAGUCAAAAGGUGUCCAACAAUGGUACAUCAUCUACAAUGGGAUUUGAACAAGCCAUAUCGACAGAGGAGGUGGAAGUAGGGAAGUGGGCUAGAAGCAUGGCAUUGAAGUCCCAACGGAAGCCAUCUGCACCACCAAGUGCACGUGCCAGUGUGAUUGAAAGCAGGGAUGCGGCCAUAUCCAAAGAUGAAAACCUACCUGAAGAUCAUGACGAGAGCAUAACUGUGAGUCAGAGUGGUCAGGGUGUCGUGCAUAUGAUUGAGACUGUUGAUGAUGCCACAAGAGGACGAAAGCGUACCUUGUCCACGACCUUGUUGGAUGACCUCGAACCCGAAGAGCGGCAUGAAAUGGAAGAAGACCAAGAUGCCAAUGAACAUAUUCCAGACGAGGAUGAGGAUGUUGACAUGAUGGAUCAGCAGGGUGAUAUUGAGGUCUGUGAAGUGUCCAACAGUCGACUCACAAGCUCUAUGUCAGUUAGUGUCAUGGAUACCACGAUGGACGGUCCAAAAUCCAAGUACAUCAAAACUGAAAAUGGAUGUGCACAACAUACUAUACUCAAUCUGAAGAAAGAAAAGCCGAAGAAUCCUCACUUACCCAGCGCUGCUCAGAAUCUAAGCUUUCAUUCCAUAUUUAUUCCAACGGUCAUGCACUGGGUCAGCAAUAACAGCUAUCCAUGGACCAUCCCCAAUGAGAAACUCUCAGAUGUUCUCGAGGAUAUCUUCAUGGCGGUGUGUAAGCAGCCUGGAGACUUCAGGAAUGAUGAUGGCUGCAAUCUCGCCUUCAACCUCGUAUGCCAAAGGAUCUCUGAGUGGAGAGGUAACUUCGGCUCCACUGCUAUCACCAUUCUCAUGGCAUUUUUCGCAUCCACGGACGAAUACAAGACCAAGGAGGCAUGCAAAGAAUAUGCCGAAUAUCAACUUGAAGAUUCACACUUUGUAUAUGAAGAUCCAGAUAAUGAAGACUCACCUGGAGCUUUCUUAUCAGAAUUUAUCUUGCGCAUCUUCGCUGUUCAACUCAAUGCCACCCAAGGACGCCAGAUAAUUGACUCGCUCGACUUCGGCUUACCUGCAUAUCCAACGGCCCUUGCACUGACCACUGCAGCUGCCGAGCGUGCACUUAUUUUAGCUUGCGACGACCUGAUUGUGGAAGAUACUUCGGACCAUGGGAAACACAAGAUCGCCCUAACUCUCAAUCACUCCACUAACAAAAUGAGUAACACAGGCACUGCUUUUUCCGCAGGUAAUUGGGAGACUGACACACUCGCGUACAUGGAAUGA